GGCUAUGGUACCUCUCUUGUUUAUGGAUAUUUACGUUAAUGGUGUGAAUCAAUUAUCUGAUCUUGAAAUAGACAAGAUAAACAAACCUUAUCUUCCAUUGGUAUCUGGGCAAAUAUCCUUUACAACGGGUGUUAUUAUUGUUGCAUCAAGUUUAACUCUGAGUUUUUGGCUUGCCUGGACUAUAGGUUCUUGGCCAUUGAUUUGGAAUCUUGUAUCGUGCUUUUCACUAUGGACUGCUUAUUCAAUCAAUGUGCCUCUGAUGAGAUGGAAAAGACAUCCACUACUUGCGGCAAUAUGCGUCUGUGCUACCUGGGCACUUAUAUUUCCAAUCACAUUUUUCGCUCACAUGCAGACUUUUGUGUUGAAGAGGACUACUAUCUUUCCAAGAUCACUGAUUUUUGUUAUUAUAUUCAUGAGCUUCUACUCUUUGGGUAUCGCAUUGUUCAAGGAUAUACCUGAUAUCGACGGAGACCAAACAUUUGGUAUCCAAUCUUUUUCAGCACGUUUCGGUCAAAAACGGGUAUUCUGGAUUUGUAUUUUCCUUUUUGAAAUGGCUUUCGGAAUUGCCCUCGUUGCGGGACUAACAUCUUCCAGUCUUUUGGUUAAAAUUGUCACGGGUUUGGGACAUGCUGUUCUGGCUUGGAUUCUCUGGUAUAAAGCAAAUUUUGUAGAUUUGAGUAGCAAAGCUUCCAUUGGAUCCUUCUAUAUGUUGAUCUGGAAGUUAUUGUACGUAGCAUACUUUCUCAUGCCUUUAAUCAGAUAAUAAAGAUGUGUGAAGGUUAAAACAAUGUUGAUAACCACGUCCAACGAAAUAAACAAGAGAGUUGUUUGCAUUUGAAAAUUAUUGAAAUAAUUAGUGCAGAGAUAUAUGUUCUCCCUGAGUAUGAUUAGCUCUUGUAUUAGUUUAGGUUUUUCAUUAC